GCUGCUUCACUUCUUUCUGCCUCUCUCUCCUUCUACUGUUUCUUAAUUCCCUUUUUAGAAAAUCUAGAAGGGAAAGCUACCAAAAGUCUCAGAAGCGAGGUAAGCAGUUCUUGUUACUUGUGAAUUAUACCGAGGAAAAUGUUUUUUUUUUCUUUAGUCUCUCUGAAUUUAAUAAUCAUUUUCAGUUUUUCACUUUCAUGCUUUCUGGGUUGUUUCAAAAGAGCCGUCUUUUUCUGCUGUUGUUGUCUUCCUCUGUUUCUUGUCGAUCUCUCUCUCUCCUCUUGUUGGGAUGCGAAACACAUGAUUUCCGAGGAGAGAGUGAGAGAUAAAAGAAAGGGAGAGAGCUCACUUGUAAGGAUUGUAGCUGCUGCCUGUUGAAGCUGUUCUUCAUUUGUAGCCAUCACUCUCAAUAAGGAAAGUAAUUUUCUGAUAUGGAGAAGAAAGGAAGCUGGUUUUCUAAAAUCAAAAGGGUUUUUACUCCACAUUCCAAAGAGAAGCUAGGCAGUCAGGAAGCAGAGAGAAAGAGUGGAAAAGAAAAGAGGAAGAAGGGUUUUGGGAAGCUAAGGUGUGGAGAGACCAGUUCGUUUCUUCCCAUCUACAGAGAGCCUAGUAGUAUUGAAAAGAUCUUUGGUGAGGCUGAGAGAGAUCACAAUCUUGUUUUCAGGCCUCCUGAUCUCUCAAAUCCAUCCUCACCCUCUCCUCCUCUGAUGCCUGCUUCUCCAAAGCCCCCUCCUUCACUUCCUAGAGCACACCUUCCAAGAUCUAUAUCCCCAAAGCCCCCUGAUGGAUCAAAGCCAUUAUCAUCCUCUGCUAGUGCUCCUCCACCACCUGCUUCUACUCGAGUUCCUUCUCAGAGAGUUGCCCCUCCCAGUGUUCUUACUCCAAAACCAGUUCCACAAAGAGUUGCCUCUCCACAAGCUGUUUCUAUAAAGCCUCCUUCUCCAAGACCUACUUCACCAAGAGGUGACUCCCCACAAGCCCUCCCUCUAAAUCCUUCUCCAAGAUUGGAAACUCCAGAACCAUCUUCUCCAAAGCAUCCUUCUCCAAGAGCAGAGCCACCAAGGUUGGAUAGUCCAAGGCUUCCUUCACCAAAGCCUCCUUCUCCAAGAGAAGAACCGCCAAGAUUGAAUGCUCCAAGAGCCACUACAUCUAGGUCUCCUUCUCCAAAAGCGGUUUCACCUAAGGCUGUGCAGCGACAAGAGAGUGUUCCUAGACCAGAGCCAGCUCUCUCGGUCCAACAUGCUUCUGCAACAAAGAUUCAAGCAACUUUCAGAGGUCACAAGGCGAGGAGGAGUUUCAGGGCUCUCAAAGGUCUAGCCAGACUUCAAGGGGUGGUGAAAGGAUACAACGUGAAGCGGCAGACGGUAAAUGCAAUGAAGUACAUGCAGCAAGUAGUCCGCGUUCAAUCCCAGAUUCAGUCAUGCCGCAUCAAAACGUUGGAAAACCAAGCUCAGGUUGAGAAAGAUGAAGCAAAAUGGGCUGCAUUCAAAGCUGGUAAUGAAAACUGGGACGACAGUGUGCUGACAAAAGAAGAAAGAGAUGCAAGAUCUCAGAGAAAGAUUGAUGCAGUCAUCAAGAGAGAAAGAUACAUGGCAUAUGCAUAUUCUCACAAGUUGUGGAAAAACAGUCCAAAGUCUGCUCAGGAGGUUCAACAUUCAGGUGGGCUCUCUCUUUGGUGGAACUGGGGUGAUAGGCAGCUUCCUCUUGCUAGUCCUGUACCAAACCAUAGGCAGCCACUAAGAGAUUACAUGCAAACACCAACAAGACUGAGUCCAAGCCGUUGCUUCUCUCAGUCAAGCAACCAACACCGUUUUAGGCAGGACAACAACUUUGACACUUCCACACCAACAUCGUCAAGGUCUAGAUUUCUCACUCCAUCCAGAUACUCGUUAGGAAAACUAAGAGGUCAAGAUUCACCUUUCAAAGACGAUGACAGCUUCGCAAGCUGCCCUCCAUACCCGAGGUACAUGGCUCCAACGGUCUCUGCCAAGGCCAAAGUUAGACCGAACAGCAAUCCAAAGGAGAGAGUGAUGAGUACACCAUCUGUCAGUAGUGAGACAAGAAGAAUGUCGUAUCCCCUGACUCAACAAGGUCUCGAUAUGUUUAGAUGGAACAAAGGGUCAUUGCAUAUGAGCAACAGUGGUAGCCACAGAGGUCCUGGUUCACCUGGAGGUGUGGUUCUUGAGAAGCACAAGACACUUAAGUCAGUAGGAAAUUUGAGUAUUGAUACAACUGUCUCUAUGCCAGCUACAGUUGGUAGGAAACCGUUUAACAGAUAUGUGUGAUUUGUUUUGAUCGAACCUUUUUUUUAAUGUUACUUUUGCUUCAUUUGUGGAUGGUGUUGAUAUUGAGUGUUGUUGUAAUAUAGAUUGUGAAAUUUGUGUAUGUAACAUAACAAAAAGAAGAAUAACAAUAGCAUAAGAUUUGGUUUGAAGUA